AUGCCCAAAUUCCUACCGCCGCACAAGUCCGGCGCUCAUCGCGUUGCUGCGAUCGCUCUCUUCAGAGCACUCCUCACACAAUGUAGACGGCUACCGGUGGAAGCUCAGCAGAGCAACGAACUGCAGAACAUCAUCAGAAACCGCUUCAAGCAACACCGCCACAACACCUCGCAUCGCCAGCUGAAUGUCUGCUUCACGGCAGGCUAUGAAGCGAUUGAUUAUCUGGACGAUGCCGUAGCUGGCGAUGAGGAGAGCAAGAGCCGGGUCCUGGAUCUGCUGCAACGAACACCCGACACUGCGAAAAGGCCGCCGGAGAGAGUGAUAACCACGGCCAUGAAAGAGGCAGAACGCAAAGAGAAGAAUCGAGCGGCGCGAGAAGAGUACGAGGCUUACCCAAAGCUCGACCUUUUCGCACGACCUCUACCUCAGGAGAUGCUGUCAGGAAAGCGCCAUGUCCCCAUCCUGUUCAACGCAAACCACAUUCCUGUUCUGCGCUUGAAGAAACCACAACCACAUUCCCUCUCCGUUUACAUAAACUCUCGCGUUGUCCAACGACAGAAACGGCACGAUCUCAGACACAAGCUGGAGGAAGAGCUCUCUCUCGCAAAGAGUGAGGAUGAUUGGGACGCAAUUGUCUCCGGUCAGACCCGUGCUUAUGGCAGGACAUCUCUUGACACCGAAGGCAAGUCCAUCAAGGAACCUUUGUGGCUACAGGAGCCUAGAGCUGCUUUGAGUCAAGUGCAGCAGUUGCUGGAUCGAGAGCGCGAGAAGAAUAGGGUCAUGGCUCAGAAGAUGCAGGCUGUGGUGGAUCGUGAGCAGGAGGCCUUUGAUCGCGAGGAGAGGGAAGCUGCUAUUGCGAAGGGAAAAGAGUCUGCUAUCGCGAACGAAAAGCCGAAGAAGCGUCGUGACAGCGUACCCCCGAAGAAGCCUGUCAAGACAGCUGUAGAGGAGAUUGCAAGCCUCUUGUAG